UGGCGGCCCGUCAGCCGGCCGUAAGUUGGUCGGCCAAGGAGUUAUUCGCAGCUCCAGAGAUCAAGUUAUCGUGCACAGAGAACAGAGGCGGGCGCGAGACCACAUAUCAGGGGGAGGGGCGCGCCGCUGGGGACGGAGCUGAUAGCAGAUCGGAAGGGGAGUGAUGGAAUUCUUGCUGCAUCUGGUUGAUAGUUCCUCUAUGUUUGAGGUCGCUGGGGAGAACGAUUACCACUCGGAGGAUUGCGGAGAGCCCGUGCCGAGAGCCAAUCCGCAGCAGCAGCAGGCGCUAGAGGAAAUAGUGGCUGGAGCAGAGUCCGCGCUGGGAUUAGUGAGGGGACUCGUCCGCCCGAGGGGAGAAGAUGAUGCCCCCGUGGAGAAUGAGCAACAGUCGUCCGCAAGUUCAGAAGAGUCGACAGUGAAGCAAGAUCCAAAAUCUCAUGGCUGGACAAAGAGGCUAAAAGUGGGCAAGGUGCCCCUACAGAGGCCUCCAUGCCCGGGUAGAAUGGGUGCUUUGGAGCAGACAGUUAAGAAGUUUGCUGAAGAUCCUUCCGACGAUGUGAUUCAGCCCACGCUCGGCAUGAGUUUUGACGACCUGAACAGGACGGCACACCUAACCUGCAAUCUCGGUACACUAUUUGGACUACUUCAUGGGCCGACAGUUAAUCCAGGAAACGGCUGCUACCGAAACAGGAGCGUGCGUGGGGUCGGGCAAGUGUGCAGCAGCAGAGCUAGGGACAGAUACGAGACACGAUACGGCCCUAUACCACCAAUCUCCGCGAUAGUUGGCGGCUAAGAUAGAGGGAGCAUGCGUGCCCGAGUUCAAAGAUGGAUUUUCGUAACACAAAAGGGUUACACAACCCAGGCCGUAAGCAAGCCCGCUCCAUAUUUCAAUUGGAACAACAAAAAAACGGCCCCCUUGGCUAUUCCGAUUC